AUGGCCAGUCAAGCGAGCACUCCAUCCUCCAUCAGUACUCCGUACUUGCCGAUCAAAGACAUCACAAGUCCUGAGCAUGUCCACCCUUUUGCCUCCCUGUACUAUCGACAACACACAUUGGUCCCUAACCGCAUUACGGUGGAGGAGGGCCAACUUUGCGAUGAACGUUGGAGCAGACAUGCAUUCAGCAUGGGCAUGCCCUUCAGCGACAUUUACCGACCCCAUCCAGAAGCCCGGAAGUUCGUCCAGAAGAUGCAAAAGAAGCCGCGGAUGAGCAAUAAACAUUUGGCAGACUCAUUGCUCCCUCUCAUCCAAACCGCCAUGAAAUCGUCGAAGAAGUUACACCUCGAGACGGACGCCACUUUCCACCCUGACGCCGUGCCCAAAGGAAGCCCAGUCGGGCGCAUCUCGAACAGUCAAACAGCUCCAUGGAGCAUGCCGCUGCCCAUCCCCAAGCCAAACAUCACUGUUGGUUUCAGCUCCAAGAACUUCACCUCACAUGAACUCGAGUUGCAGGACGGUAUCAUCUCGGACGCCCAAGGUGAACCGUGCAAUCUGGCCAACAUCUCUCAGCCCGUCCGCGGGAGCAACGUACUGUGCUGGCCAUUUUUCAACGUUGAGAUACAACACGACUCAUUAGAUGCCGCGCAGAACGCCGCUGCAGGUUCAGGGUCAACCUGUAACAACGGGCUCGCACUGCUUGCGGAAGCCGCAGACGAGCCCCUCAUCCAAAGCCGGGGAAGGAACUUGUUUUGGCAAUCAAGAAGAGCAGUCUGCUCGUUUUCCCUCUCGAUCCACAACAACUCGGGUGAAGGCGGCAAGCUGGCGACGCUGAACCUCCACAGCUCCGAAGGCGGACUGUCCCACACGGCGGCCGCGAUUCGAACUUACGAUCUUUGUAACGAGCGAGAUGUGGAAUACCUGCUGUCGCGGCUAGGCAGCAUCUUUGUGUGGGCGGAGAAUUGUCACCUGCCGCAGAUUCUCACGCUUCUACAGACCCUCGAUGCCCUGGUCCUUCUGGACUCUGGCAGAGAGUAUGUGUCGGACAGCUUCCCACACGAUACAAUGGACACAUUUACGAAUCCUUCAGGCAAUGUGAGCCCUGCGAGGAGUAAGCUGGGGGUGAUCAAGAGCGUCCUUGCAGAUAUCAGUCCGAAGUGGUUACGCGCGCAGGCAUAG